AUGUCAAACUCUUCUCCAACAAUAGAGUCAAAGAAUUUUGUGAGAGAAGAAGACGACAACGGAGAAUUUGAGAAGGAAGAAAAUGACACCAAAGAAUUUGAACAACUAACCUUAAGAGAGAAGAGAGCGCCAAUAUUAGAUCAAGAGAGAGAGAGAAAUCGAGGGUGGACCCACCCAGGGUCCCUUUCAACAUGCAUAGUUCUACAAACAAGUUUGAAGAAGGGAGCAAGUUAUCUUUGUGAGAGGGAAGCAAAAGACACUAAAUCACAUACAGCAAGAAUCUUUCGUAUUCUCCCUAGGAAGAAAGCAAGGUUUGACCAUCUCUGUCAGGAGAACCAACCUACAGCUGAAGAAAUUAAGCAGCUCAGAUAUCAAAUGAAAGGGACUCUAAUAUUCUGCCUUUUACUAAAGAAUACCUUAGUCCAGAGUCCAUUUUACCAAAACCAAUCGUCUCGUAUGACACAUCUUGUAUCAAGCAAUCCUUAUCAGAGAAUAUAUAAUAGAAAGAAGAAUCUCUUGCCAAUUUUGAUUGAUACCUUGUGUGGAGUAUUCCUCUGCACCAUGGUAGGUUUUGAUCAUGAAAAUGGUGAGGUUUGUAAAGACUUACUUAAAACAAAAGAUGGAACAGAUCAUUGGCUCAUAUGUAGCUCCUCUUUUGAAAGAGGUUACUGUGUGAGGCAACAUCGAUUUGUUUCUGAGUUAUCUACUUCAACACAAUUACUUCAUGUAAGCCGCUGCAGUGGGAAAUUACGAUCCAGUGGGAAUUGA